AUGGCUCAUAUUCUUAUCGAUUGGCUUAACGAUGAUGUUCAGCUGUCGAAGAAAAUCGAGUCAAGCAAUAAUCUAUCUAGUGAAUUCGCCACUGGUUAUCUGUUCGGUGAAAUUCUUUCUAAAUAUGGUCUACAAGAAGAUUUUCCUCAAUUUAGUACAAGCAAAAAUUCAGUAUCUCAACUGAAUAAUUUUACACGAAUUGAACGUACUCUUCAUUUACUUGAAAUUCCAUUUAAUACAAAUAGUGCUCGACAAAUAAUGACUAUGGAAAAAGGUGCUGUUCAGCAACUUUUAUAUCAACUGUAUACAGCUUUAAAUCGAAAAAAGAGACGAAAUUUAACUGGCGCAGCUAUGGAAACAAUGAAAGCACCAGCAACUAAAAUUUUAGCACAAGCUGAAACACAACAAUAUCAAAAUUUAAUUAAGAAAAAAACAACACGUCAAUGUGAUCUUAGUUUACAACAACUUGUUGCUAAACAUGAAGAAUUUAAAGCACGACAAGAUGAAAUUAUCAAUAAACAAAAAUAUGAAGAUGAUGAAGAAAAACGACAAGACUUAGAAUCUAAACGACAAUAUUUACUCAAUCGUUCAAAAGAAAAACGAGCUAAAGAUGCUGAAAUGAUGACUAAGAUUAAAUCACAGCAACAAGAUCUUGGUUAUGAGCUCGAAAUCGAGCCAAUGCCAGCAAGUGUAGUAAUGAUUCCAAAAACACCACCACUUCUUUCUAAACAAGCAUUGGAAAAAAAACGAAGAUUAAAAAAAGAAGUAGAAAUGCAGGACACAAUGAAUGAUAUUCGACGAUUUGAAAAACGUGUUUUACAACAUACUGAAUUUGAUGAUGAUGAAGGUUUUGAUGAAAAUACUCAAGGAGAAUCAAUGAAUCUUGCCGAUAUGGAAUUAUCAUCUCCAUACGAACAAGAAAACAAAGAUCAAACUAGUAAAAUCUGUACAACAACAUCAUAUGAAUUAGUCACUUAUACAAAACCUUUACAACCGGGACAAGUUGAUCCUUAUAUACUUGAAAUUCGACGACGUCUACAAGAAGAUAUUCAUGCAAGACGUGAACGAGAAAAACGACGUCGAAAAGUUUUAGUUGAUCAACUUCGUGCACUUGAAGCUAUUGAAGAUUCAAAACGUGAAGAAUCACUUGUUAGUCAUUUACUUCGUCAAUCACAAUUUGAACGACGUCUGGCUGUUGAAUUAUUACAAACAAGACAUGAAAAAGAUAUUUUACGUCAAAAUCGUAUUGCAUAUGAAAAACAACUUGAAGUUCGUCGAAAACAAGAUUUUAUUGAAGCUAUGGAUCGAGAAGCGGAAUUAGCACGUUUAGCUCGACUUGAAUAUGCUGAACAAGUACGAAAAGAUAAAGAAUUACAUGAUAUUCUUCAAGCUGAAAAAGCUGAAGCUAAACAUAAAGAACAUGUUGAAUUUUGUACACGUAUUACAUGGCAAUUAGUUGAUUUUGCAUUAAAAAUUGGAGAAUAUCGACAAUUAACUGAAAAUUUAAUACCAGCUAAAGUAUGGCGUGAAUGGAAUGCAUUAUUUGUUGGUGAUAGACCAUUUUUUGAUGAUGAACAACGUAUAUCAGAAGCUCAACAAGAUGAAAUUGAUCGACAAGAACAAAAACUUCAUGCACAAACUGUUUUACAAGAAGAAAGUUUAAAAAUAUUAGAUGAAGGAGAUUUUAAUGAAUAUCGAAAUAUGAUUGGUGACUGGGAACCACCAGCGGGUAGUCAAUCUGCAACAGCUAUUACACAUGUACCACCUAUUGAUAAUCCCAUUUUUGGUUAUGUUGUUAAUCGUUUACAUAAUAUUGUACAUCCACCAGCUGAUAAAAUUCCACCACCAUUAUUUCCUGCUUUUGGACUUAAAAUUAUUGUUUUGGGAAAAUCUUUUGCUGGUAAAUCAACUGCAAUUAAACGAUAUGGUGAAGAAACUGGUGUAACGAUUCUUAACAUUGAACAGCUAUUACAUGAAGCUAUAGAAGCAUUUAAUAAUAGUGAAAUACGUGAUGAUGAAACGGACGACACUGAUAUGGAAUAUUCAACAAAGAUGGAUCAUGAUAAUGUUCCUAUUUCUCAUGGAAAUCCAUCAAUUGAUCAAACAGGUAACUUUUAUCUUCAAUAUAUUGUUCACAUAAAAAAGAAAACCAAUCUAGAUAAAAAUUUAAAGUAUUAUAUAAAUAUUGAAAAUGAAGAUAUUUUUGAUAUAUUUAAAAAAACAGAAGACAAUCGUAAUUUUUCAUUAUGUUUACAAACAUUCACUACUAAUUAUCAUACAUUCAAUAUGAAUAAUAAUGCUAAGAAAAGACAAAAAAAGAAAAAAAUUCAUAAAAAUAAGAAGAAAACGAAACUAAAACAAUCACCUACAUUGUACAAUAUUCCAUCGAACACUUCUAUCUCAGGUCUUUUUUAUUUUCAACUUUAUACAACUGGUGGUGAAUAUCCGCCAGGGCCACCACCUACACUUGAUGAUCUUACCGAUGCUAUGAAUUCUGAACAAUUGAAUAACAAGAAAAAUCGAAUGGAUAAACUUACUGAUCGUGCUAAACUUGGCUCGAUCAUUGUUCAAUCAAUGAAACUCGGUGAAUCAUUAAGUGAUCGUAUGGCUGUACAACUUAUUGCUGAACGUCUUCGACGAAUUCCAGAUCGUGAAGGUUGGAUUAUUGAUGGAUUUCCAACAACAUAUGAACAAGUAAAAUUACUCGAAAAUGUAUUAUCAGGUUAUGAAGAAGAACGUCCAAAAGAGUUUGAUCCUCUUUUGGCACCUAAUCCACGUCCAACACCACCACCUGAACCAUAUAAAUCAAUUAUUGAUCUUGUUGUUCUUUUUCAUGUCACUAAUGAUAUAAUUAUUCGACGUGCAGCUGGUCGUUCAUUUGCUCCAUUAGCCAAUCGAGAAUUUCAUGAACAAUAUAAUUCACCUCCAAUAGGUGCUGCAACAGGAUUUAAUGGACAAGAACAAGUAUUUCCAACAAAAGAUGCAGCUAAUGACAUGGAACAAUUACAACAUCGUAUAUCACAAUUUCAAGAUUCAUAUCCUCGAAUAGAAAAAUUCUAUUCUCAAUAUUCAAAAGUUGUUGUUGUUGAUGAAAUAAAAUCCGAUACACCAUUAGAUGAAGAACAAUUAUAUCAUGAAUUAUCACGAGCUAUUGAAACACAUGUUGAUGAAGAACAAGCAAAAAUACGUCAAGCAGAAGAAGAAAGACAAAGAGCAGAAAAUGAACGUUUAGCCAAAGAACAAGAAGAAUUAGAAGCUAAACGACGAGCUGAAGAAGAAGCAGCUAAAGCGCAAGAAGCAGCAGAAGCUGCUGCUGCUGCUGAACGCGCCGCUAAAGAAGCUGCUGAAGCUGAAGCAGCAGCUAAAAAAGGUGGCAAAGGUGGCAAAAAAGAUCGAUCACCAGCUGCUAGUGCUGUAAAGAAAGGUAGUCCGAAACCGGCUGGUAAGAAGGGUAAAAAAGAAGAAGAGCCAAUACCAACAGUUGGAACAGUUCCAUCAGAACCUCAAGGACCACCCCCUCCGAAACCUGGUUCUGAAGAAUGGGUCUAUGUUCAAGAACCUAUCGAUCCUGAAAUUACUAUUAUCCUUUCAACUUAUUAUGAUGCAGUCGAAUCAAAUUACAUAGAUGCAUGCAAAAUUGUUUUUCGUAAUAUUCGUUUUGAACGUUCUCAUCUUGUCGAUCAUUUUUAUAAUGCAAAAGUCAAUUUUAAAAUUUUUCUUGAUCGUCCUGAUGCAAAACAAGAAUACGUUGAUAUUUUUGUUAAAGAGUUCAAUGCAUUGCCAGAUGAUGCACGUGAUGAUGAAGAAUUUAAACAAGAACUUCAUCAACGUGUAGAAGAUUUAAGCGAUACUUUACAUGAAAUAGCUUCACAACGUAAAGAAGAAUCUGAAAAAGAACGAGAAAUAGUUAUGACUGAUGGAUGGGUUUCAGAUCAUUUAGGUCUUUUAACAAAUCAUUAUAUAACAUUGAUGCAGAGUGAAAUUGAUCGAUAUCAAGAUGCAUUACGUAUGCUUCGUGAUUAUUAUAAAUCAAUGCAACAACCAAUACCUGAUGAAAUGAAACAAGAUUAUGCACGAUUACCAUUAUUUGAAUUAAUGGAAGGAGGAGAACGUCCAGCUUCAGUUGCCGAAAGUCUUGUUGAUUAUGAUUCAACAAAACCACCUGGUUCAGCAACUGGUAAUAUUGAUCUUGAAGCAUCUUCUCAAGUUGGUACACCAAAAAAAGGCAAACGAGCUUCAUCAGCAAGUAAAAAUAGUAAACGAACACCAUCACCACCGAAAUCUCCAAAAGGUGGAAGAAAACCAGCUGGAAAAAAAGAUAAAGAAGCUCAACAAUCGAUUGAUGCAACUACACAAUCACCUGGGCAAGAUCCGUCGAUGAAAAAUAUUAAACCUAAAUUACCUAUGGUACCUCGUCGACCAUUAUCAGCAUUUGAUACAACUGAUAAUAAGAAACGUGCAGCUCAAGCUGCAGCAGCUAAAAAACGUGCCGAUGAUCCUAAUGCUGGUGAACCAUCACCACCACCUCCAGAAGACAUGGAUGAACGACUUAUUUUUGAUGGUCAUCGUUUAGCUACUCAAUAUGUUAAUGAUAUGCUUACUAGUGAACAAGCUAAUGCCGAAAUAGAUACAACGGCGAAUGCAGCAGCUGCAGGUGGUGCUGCUGCACCUGCUGGUGCUGGUGGCAAAGAUGCUAAAGGUGGUGGUAAAGAUGUCAAAGGUGAUAAAAAAGGUGCCGGUGGAAAAGAUUCUGCAGGAAAAGGUGGCAAAAAAGGAGGAAAGAAAGCAGAUGAACAACCUGUGGAAAGUUUAGUUGAAGUGACACCUGAAGAAUUGGCUAAACGAGAAUUAAGAACUAAAAUGAAAGAAGAAUAUUUAGCUGCUCUUAGUAACGAAGUACGUAUUUGUCAAGCACGUUUAAUGCUCAUUCGUGAUGUUGGUUCUCGUGCUAUUACAAGUUUAAAAACCAAAGCUGAUGAAACAUAUACACGUAUGUAUGAAUGGCUUGGUGAAAAAUAUAAACAAGAAACUGAAAGCAUUGAGAAUAUGUCUAAAAUAAUUCGAUAUGCAAUUGAAUCAAAAGAAAAAAUUGAACAACAACUCGUUCUUGAUAGAUAUGCAUUCUAUAUUGCUGAAGAUGUUAUUGUUGCUCCACCACCAGUACUUCCACCUCGACCAUUACCUUUAGAACAAACAACGUCUGAACUAUUUACUGUCGAUCAAUUGAGAGAACUCUUCAAACAAUUUAUAUUAACUGCACCGAGCGGUCUUCUCUCAACGAAGACAUUUAUUGAUUUAUACUCAGAUCUGACUACAGUCACUGUAGGCCAACGACUUUUACCUGAAGCAUGGUCGAAUUUAGAUCAAAUACAAAUUGAAUCAUUGGCUACAAUGCUUUCAAAUGGUUCUGAAUUCAUUAAUUGGCGUUUAUGGCUUUUAUUUGCUUCACAACCAUGGCCUCAUCCUACUCAACAAGAAUUGCUCAAUCUUCUCUUCACCUAUGCUGAACAUGAUACUGAUCAUUCAGGCUUUAUUUCUCGUACAACUUUCAAUGAGAUUCCACUUUGGUUUAUAAUGGAACGUGCUUCAACACCUGAAGAUCCAUCUUUACCACGUCCUUACAAUCGUGAACAUCAUCUAAAACAAUUUUGGUUCGAUUUAUUUGCCCUUGACGACAAUGCAUCACUAUUACCUUAUGAAGAUAUGCUCUUGUAUAUGGCUGCUGUACCUAAUCCAUUACAUGGUUUCUGUCGAGCAUUAACGAUAGCUGAACAAACAGUUAUGCCUACACUAAAAGAGCAAUUACCACAAAUUGAUAUGCAUUGUGCUAUAUUGAAUACACAAGAAUAUGAACGAUUAACAGAAAGAGAACGAGAACAAAUACAAGAAGGCGAAAUUGAAACACCAAAUGAUGGAUUUAUUUCAGUUGAUGGACUCCAUCAUGUUUUACAUCAUGGUGAACGUAAAUUUGGUGAUACACAUCGAUUUGCUACAACUGAAGAUCCAGAAGAUUUUGCUUCAAAGGAACGUCUUUAUGCUGUUUGGGAUGAAAUGCAAAUUGAUCGUUCUUCAAAGAUUCAUCUAUCUGCAUUGCUUAAUCAUCCAGUAAUCGCAGAUAUGGUUGCUAAUUGUUGCAAAUAUCGAGCACCGGAUUUCAAGCAAAUACUUCACAUAAAACAAAUAGAUGAAAUGUCGGCUAUUGAUUCGCAUGGACAUCGUACUCCGGAACAAACUAUACUUAGUUAA